AGAAAGCAAAUUCACGUAGAAAAAUAAAAAUAAAAAAAAUAGAAAAAUUGAAAUGAGGAGGGAAUAGCAAAUUCACGUAGUAGGAAAGAGAAGGAGAGAGUUCUACUAGAAGCUCAACUCCUUCAUGGCGAGGCAUAUAAGUAUUAGAAUAUAUCACUCACUCUUCCGUGAAGUUGAGCACACUCGGAGUCGUGCACGUCUCUGUUCCUUCUCCUCUAAAUACGACUCUGCUCCUCCUCUUCCUUCUCUAUUCUCUAUUCUUCACAAUUCCAUCACCUCCUCUUCUUCUUCCUCAGUCUCAGUCUCAGUCUCAGUCUCCUCCCUCUCUGCUGCUCCUUCAAUGGCGACCACUUCUGCUACUGCUUCAGACGACUCCAUCCACUCGAACCCACUUCUCCAAGACUUCGACUUUCCACCAUUCGAUGUUGUCGAAGCCAAGCACGUGCGUCCCGGUGUUCGCUCCCUCUUGAAGAAACUUGAGGAUGAUUUGGUGGAACUGGAGCGCACGGUUGAGCCUUCGUGGCCAAAUUUGGUAGAGCCAUUGGAGAAGAUCGUGGACCGAUAUAAUGUGGUUUGGGGUGUAAUCAGCCAUCUCAAGUCUGUCAAGGAUUCCCCCGACCUUCGCUCCGCCGUUGAAGAAGUCCAGCCGGAGAGAGUUAAGUUUCAGCUAAGGUUGGGGCAAAGUAAACCUCUCUAUAAUGCAUUUAAAGCUAUUCAAGACUCUCCUGAUUGGCAAACUCUCACUGAUGCACGCAAACGCAUAGUGGAAUCCCAAAUAAAAAAAGCGGUACUCAAGGGUGUUUCUCUUGAAGAUGAUAAAAGAGACCAAUUUAACAAAAUCGAACAGGAACUGGGAAGACUGUCUCAAAAAUUUGAGGAGAAUGUAUUGGAUGCCACAAAGAGGUUAGACAAAUUUAUUACUGAUAAGAAAGAAAUUGAAGGAUUGCCAGCUACUACACUUGGAUUGGCUGCACAAAGAGCAGUGUCAAAGGGGCAUGAAGAUGCUACUGCUGAGGAUGGGCCCUGGGUGAUAACAUUAGAUGUUCCAAGUUAUCUUUCUAUAAUGAAACAUGCUCGAAAUCGGACUUUGCGUGAGGAAGUCUACCAUGCUUAUGUGACUCGUGCAUCCAAUGGGGAUCUUGAUAAUGCAUCAAUCAUUGACCAACUUUUGAAGCUUAGGUUGGAAAAGGCUAAGCUUCUCGGAUACAAUAACUAUGCUGAGCUAAGCAUGGCAACCAAAAUGGCAACUGUUGAAAAAGCAGAAAAGCUCCUCGAGAAACUUCGCAGUGCUUCCUGGGAUGCUGCAGUUCAAGAUGUGGAAGAACUAAGGACUUUCGCCAAAAAGCAAGGCGCACUAGAAGCAGAUGAUUUGAACCAUUGGGACAUCAACUUUUGGAGUGAAAGGCUUCGUGAGUCAAAGUUUGACAUCAAUGAGGAAGAAUUGCGUCCAUAUUUCUCUUUGCCCAAGGUUAUGAAUAGUCUUUUCAACCUUGCAAAGAUGCUUUUUGGAAUUGAAAUUGAGCCGGCUGAUGGUCUGGCCCCGGUGUGGAACAAUGAUGUGAAAUUCUACUGUGUCAAAGACUCUUCAGGUAGCCCUAUUGCAUAUUUUUAUUUUGAUCCGUAUUCUCGACCGGCAGAGAAACAAGGUGGUGCAUGGAUGGGUGAGGUUGUUGCCCGAAGUCGUGCCUUGUCGCGCAAUGGUACCUCCGCAAGGUUGCCUGUGGCCAACAUGGUGUGCAACCAAACACCACCCGUAGGGAACAAGCCAAGCCUAAUGACCUUCCUUGAGGUAGAGACUGUCUUCCAUGAGUUUGGUCAUGCACUUCAGCAUAUGCUGACUAAGCAGGAUGAGGGUCUAGUUGCUGGUUUUCGGGGGAUAGAAUGGGAUGCUGUUGAAUUACCCUCUCAGUUCAUGGAGAAUUGGUGUUACCAUAGGGAUACUUUGAUGAGCAUAGCAAAACAUUAUGAAACUGGGGAGAGUCUUCCUGAAGGUAUAUAUUUGAAGCUUCUUGCAGCUAGGACUUUCCGUGCUGGCUCCCAAUUUCUUCGUCAGAUAAGAUUUGCCAGUGUUGACUUGGAGCUGCAUACAAAAUAUGUUCCUGGUGGAUCUGAAUCCAUUUAUGAUAUUGAUAGGAGGGUUUCUGAAAAAACACACGUGAUCCCUCCACUUCCAGAAGACAGAUUCCUCUGCAGCUUCAGCCACAUAUUUGCAGGUGGAUAUGCAGCUGGAUACUACAGCUACAAGUGGGCUGAGGUGUUGUCGGCUGAUGCUUUCUCUGCAUUUGAGGAUGCUGGAUUGGAUGACAUCAAGGCUGUCAAAGAAACAGGAAACAAGUUCCGAGAAACUAUCCUUGCUCUUGGAGGUGGAAAAGCACCACUUGAGGUUUUUGUGGCAUUCCGAGGGCGAGAACCUUCACCAGAGGCAUUACUCAGGCAUAAUGGCUUACUAUCAGUUACUCCUUCUGCUUGAGUUAUAAAGGUUCAUGCACAUCAGGCUGUGAAAAGAAAGUUCACAUUCAUCUUCUCUUUUAUGCAGUAUUCUUGGGAUGAAGAUUAAAUAUCUCUUCUGCAAUGCUUUAGAAGAUCGAUUUAGUUUUAUUUGUAGUAUGGUUUACAGGUUUAGCAAUCAAAAAAAAAAAAAAAAAAAAAAAAAAAGACAAAGACAAUU